AUGUGUAACAUUCUGUACUUGGCAAUGCUUCCUGUCAAUCUCGUAAUGAUUUCGGUAAAUCUGGUAAUGAUUUCCGUUGAUCUGGCAAUGCAACUACUGUACGGGUUAACUCAGUACGUACAAGGCAACAAUCGUACGUUAGGGACCUGGUUGAAACUUCUCUACCAAAAUAGUCGCGAGAGUGAUUGCAUACUUGGUGCCUUUUCCCAAAAUACACAUAACCCUGUUUUUCAAAAUAAGGAUAUUCAAAACUCUACAUUUUUCAACAUACAAGUUGACAUUCUAAAACUGGAAAAUCAAAUUCCUUUAUUUGCUCUCAUAACUCUGUUGGAGUUGGAGGUUUCCGAGCAUGCCAAAUCAGAGUUAGGUGCACUGCUGCAGCCUGAUGAGUUAGAGUCUCGAACCCGCAAAGAUGUAAUAGCAGAGUUAGCUGCACUCCUGAGUACAACUACUGUGUUUCGCGGAUUUCCCUUCUCUCCACUAUUAUCCUCUGAUGAAGUUAAAUUGAAACUGAAGAAUAAAAGGAGGGAACAACGUCCAUGUCAUUUGUUAGAUCUGUAUAGAAUUGUGAUUAAACAUAUCAUAAGUGAUCGAGAGUAUGAAUGGUACACCAAAGUGGCACCACCUUUUCGCAAUAUUGAUCUGAGAUCUACCCUUAGUGCCCAAUUACUAGACAGUGCUGGUAUCAAAUUUCAACCAGGCAAAAUUGGAUUUCGAAAGAGAAUGUUUGGAAAAAGUACGCUCUCCCUACCUCAAAUAAUUGUGGACGACACAACAGAAACAUUUCUGCGGAACCUGAUGGCUUAUGAAGAGUGUCAAAGGUGCUCGUUGAAUCCAGAAGAGACAUUAAUUUCACAUUAUGUUCGUCUCUUAGAUUGUUUAAUCGAUUCAGAGAAAGAUGUAUUUGUACUUCGAAACUCUGGAGUCAUUCGAAGUUUGGGAGGCAACGAUGAUCAUAUCGCCCACAUGUUCAUCAAUCUUGCGGCUGGAACCACAUUUAGUCCCAUCAAUGAAUUUGAAAAUGUGAUGGAAGAGGCGAGAAAACAUUAUAGCAAUCAUUGGAAAGUGCUGAUGACCGAGUUUCAGCGAGCAUAUUGUUCAAAGCCAUGGCAUGCUGUCUCUCUUGUGGCGGCGACAACUCUAUUGGUUAUGACUUUUAUUCAAACUAUGUAUUGA